AUGAAGCAAGUAAACCCGCUGAAAAGGAAUACAACUACGCCUGAGCGGCCCAGGCCGAACAGAGCGUUCCUCACACGGAGGAUCCCACGGAUACCCGAUGACGAGAUCAAUAAAGCCGCCCAGGCAUUCUCCCACUUCACAUUUGAGCGUUCCUGGGGUACCAUUCUGGUCUGCGAUCUUCAGGGUGUUAGAGGUGUGCUGACCGAUCCAGCCAUCCACAUUGCCAACACCAAUCGCUUCAGGCUGGCAGAUACCAACCUCAACAAGGAAGGCUUCAAGUUCUUCUUCUCCACCCACGUCUGCAACGACGUGUGUCGCAAGCUCGAACUCAUCAGCAACGCCGACAUGGUCAUGAAGGACAAGCUCGAGUUCCGCGAGAUAUGGCCCGCCGUCGACAAUACCGUGUACUGCUCCAACAAUCUCUGCGGCAAGAUCGUGCCCGCGUCGGGCGCCCGCAAGUCGGACGAGUUCCCGCGCUGCCACUGGUGCGAGACGUGCUGGCCGCAGCUCGAGUCGUCCAAGGUGCGGUGGAUGUGCGUCGCGCCUGGACCGGACCACGACUUCCACGUGUCCAAGUUCUUCUACGAGUCGCAGGGCAGGGAGAUGCCACGCAAGUGCGGCAAGCAUAGAGAGGAGGAGCCUGCUGCGGUGGGUGGUGCGCUGUGGGCGAGGAUGAAGUCGGGGGCGAAGCAGAAGAACAUUUCUGGACGAAGUUGGUAG